UUUUCGCCUCGCGCGCAGGGAAACAGCAGCACCGCCUGCAGAGAAAACCCGCCACCUGCGGGUGGUCGCGCGAGCCGCGAGGCAGGGGGGCGAACCUCUGCUCCGAGAGUUCCCGCGAGCCGCGGGCAGCCCGCGCUGCCGAACCGCGCGCGCGCCCUGCAGCAAAAGAAGAGGAUGGGCACCAAGACAUAAAAGACGCAGAACCACGGUCAUCCGAAACAUGCUGCUGCAGCUGAGGUCACCGGUGCGCUGCCGCGCGCGCCCGCCCGCCUGCACGGCCGCGCUCGCCGCCGGCGUGCACCGAGGCGCGCUCGGGCUGGCUGCCGCCGGCCGUGGCUCGCCGUGCCAGCGUCGCUGGGAGGAGGAGGAGGAGGAGGAGGAGGAGGAGGAGGAGGAGGAGGAGGAGGAGGAGGGCACCGCGCUGCCGUGCGGCACACACACGCUGCCCGCGGGGCGGGGACGCCCCCCCGCCGCACCGCACUGGCAUGCCACUGAAUUCCCAGAUGUAAUCCAGGACGACGCGAGGUGUCGCACCGGAGCGACUUGGUAUAAUACCGGAAAUCGGGUACUGAGGAGAUCUGUGGUUCGGCAGUGCGGAGUGUUGGGGGCGCGCUGCGAAACUAGGUAAGAUCGGCGGGCAUGUCGAUCAUAUUGUGACACCCGCGAUCGCGGUCGCGUCCCUAUUGGUCGGCUCCCGCUUGGAAGCGGGGGCGGUCAAAAGCGGG